ACAAUAGCAACCUCACUUUACCGUUGAUUUCAUACCAACAUACCUCCAUCUUUCCGAGUCUCCAUUGUGACCACAAAUCCCAGCAUCGCAGCCCGCGACAUUGUCCAGCAACCUGCUUUACCUUCUUCCAUAUCACAGCACCAACCACCACAGCAAACAUGGCAUCAUCUAUCUCAAUCAUCGUCGCCUCCAAAAACCCAGUCAAAGUCCAAGCAGCAAAACUCGGCUUCGAAUCAGCUCUCCCAGACGCAACCUACACCGUCCGCGGCAUCAGCGUCCCCUCGGGCGUCCCAGACCAGCCCCUCUCCGACGAAGAGACCCUCCGCGGGGCCCUGAACCGCGCCCGCAACGCUCAGGAAGUCGAGAAGGACGCAGACUACUGGAUCGGCCUCGAGGGCGGCAUCGACAUGCCGGCCGACCAAAGUGCCCCCAUCAUGAACUUUGCCUGGAUCGUCGUCAUCAGCCGCGACGGACGCGUGGGCAAGGCAAGGACCGGCGCGUAUUACCUCCCCGAGGAGAGUGCUGCGUUACUUCGCCAGGGCAUGGAGUUGGGGCAUGCGGAUGAUUUGAUCUUUGGCCAGACGAAUAACAAGCAGAGCAAGGGGUCUGUUGGCAUGUUGACGGAUGGUGUCAUUGAUCGGACGUCGUACUAUCACCAUGCUGUCAUUCUAGCCCUGAUUCCCUUUAAGAAUAAGACCCUGACGUUUGUCUGAAUAUCUGGGGCAAGUGCGAGGCAGCAGCAGCCUUUCCAACGUUCUGGUAUCUUCUCUGGUCUCCCUCAACACUUGAUAUCGAGGCAGAUGAGAUGUGCAGGGAACAUAAGCUCAACUGGAAGCUAUCACCCAGCUCUACAUACACUAGAGAUGAGCACAUCAAGUCCCACAGAUUUCAAUGCACCAGACUCGGCCGACCUGAAUGCAAUCAAUCGCUCUUGGGCCAGGCCAGCAGGGCCUGCUCUUGCCCUUACUCGAAGGCAUUAUCUAGUAAUUCCUACCAGAAUUUUGUUGCAUCGGUUACACUCGAUUA